CGAUUCCUACCCACUGUGGCAGUGGAGGGGUGCAUUGAGCCCUUGUGUUAUGCUGCUGCAAUUCAAUUAGCGGCGAAGAUCUCUUUGAGUGGGUGGAAGUGUGCGUUCCAUAUUUUUUGCGCGUACCGCGUGUGAGCCUUGCACUUCGAAGAAACGAAAGAAUGAUAGUGAAGCAAGCGAAAAGUGCACCACAUGAAAUCAUCUGUUCGUUCGUUAGGUUCGGUUCGGUUCGAGAGAGAGAGCAGACGGCGAUGUUUGCGAUGCAGCAACAGCAUAAGUGCUUUGACCGAGAUAACAAGUUUACCGGUGUAGUUGUCUCCGUUGAAGGUCUGUUUUGAUUGCUGUUUGUGCCGAGCUACGUGCCACAAGUGUUAAGCGUUGUUGAGUGUUCAAAGUGGAAGUAGUUGAAACGCAUUUCGGAAGACUACCACUGGACAGGGAGGAGCAACUUGAAGGAAAACAUACAGAAGCUGAUAACAGGACAACGGAGGAAGACACGAACAGAGAGGAAGUGAGAUUAGUGCGCGUACGGUUUAGAGCGGAAACUGCACAGCUGAACGGUCGAGCGUGAAGAGAGAACAACUUUCUUGGAAAUUACAACGGAAGCUAUCCGACGGAACGGAUCUGGUCCAGAGGAAAAAGGUCCUCGUGCUCGAACGAUUUCUGGCGAAGCACAACACGCAGCAGUAGCUACAGAAUCUCGGCAUAAAAUCAAAUAAAAGAAGCGAAACUUUUCCUUGCUGGAGUACUUUGCCAAGGCCACUCCACCUGCUGAAUGCGACUGUCUUAAAUUUCAAACGACCAGGGAAAAAGUUUUACAGCAGAAAAUCUGAGUGGAUUCCAGUGCAAGGUGUAUCAAAGCACUUAAGACAUAGAAGCAGCAGUAGCCAGUAGAAGAGGUGCUAACACCAGACGGAUGUACAAACCUUACCAUCGUCAUUGGAUCGAACGUUCGAAGCUCUCGAGCACGUGCAAUCUCUUAGUGAGCUUAUUAUCCCCCAUCGAGAGGCCAUUCCAAACUCCGAACACACGUGGGGUGCUAUAAAAAAAGGACCAAACAAGCGAAAGCCCACCGACCGUUAACCGAACCGAACCGUGCUCUUUUGCACUCCUUGGAAGGAAAUCAUUACCCACACACACUGCCACUGUGACGCAAGAACGACAAAAAGGGGAACCAAAUGGAGAAGCAAUAAACACCGUCGUGGAAGAACGGAAGCGCACCUGCAGCAGAAGCAGCACCAAGCAGAUGGUGCUCGGUAAAUCGCCCGAAGAAACAGUUACCGCAACCGGAAGGAGCAGCGACGAUAAAAAUAAAAGGAAGCACGUCGGGCGCCGGAAAAGAGUAAACGAAUUUGUUUAAGUGGGUGCUUUCGGUAUCAAUUUGUUUCGGGUAGUGCUCCACCUGGCAAUCGAACCGUCUUUCGGGAGGUGCUGGUAGCAGACCAAAAACAAGACAGGAAUAUCGUGCGAGCAAACAGUCAACAUCAUCAAUUCGAUCCAUCCAUCUUCAUCUCGAUCCCCCAUCGAGAGUUGAACUCCAGUAGUGCAAUAAGGUAGCAGCAGAAUGUCGUCCCGGUCGAAAGAUAAGGUAACAGCAGCGAUUAGGAAAUUUUUCAAAUCUCCCGACAAAAAGGAGAAAAACCAACAGAAGGAGAAUGGUGCGAGUGGUGGUGGAGGGGCGGCCGAUGGUCAGGGAGUCGUCGUCAGUGGGUCAGGGACUGGGUCGGCAGCGGAAGGUCAACAUCCCAUGCUGCUGCAUCCUCAUCCGGUUACGUUGGCAGUGGCGGGAGCAAUUGUGCCCAGCGGUAGCAGCAGUAGUAGUAACAAUAGCAGUAGUAAAGGUAGCACCGAUAGUCCCCUCCGGCGGUUACGAUGUGCCGUCGCUCCUAGUAACAAUAGCUUAGUGAACGUUCCUGUACCAAAGCCUUUGGACACCACAAUCCGAUCCAGACGACUGAUGAAGGAACUGAAAGAGAUCGAACGGAUACAGCAUUCGCGGUCCGAUCCCUAUUUUACAGUCGAACUGGUGAACGACAACCUGUACGAGUGGCACGCCCGCCUCUACCGGGUAGAUCCCGAUUCCCCGCUGGCGGAGGACCUUGCCGAACUGAACAUCCCCUUCAUUCUGUUGCAUCUGGUGUUUCCGGACAACUUCCCCUUUGCCCCACCGUUCAUGCGGGUCGUUGAACCCCGAAUCGAGAAAGGCUUCGUCAUGGAAGGUGGAGCCAUCUGCAUGGAACUGCUCACGCCUCGAGGUUGGGCCAGCGCCUACACGGUAGAAGCGGUCCUCAUGCAAUUCGCUGCCAGUCUUGUCAAGGGACAGGGACGAGUCUCGAGGAAACCGAAGUCGUCCAAGGAGUUUAGCAGGAGAACUGCUGAGGAAGCUUUCCGAUCGCUAGUCAAAACGCACGAAAAGUACGGAUGGGUAACGCCCGCCAUGAACGACGGUUAAGCAAAGCUGUUCAAAGCGACAAAAAUAGCUCAAUGGAUUCAACCAACUCAAUAAAACUCGAACGUGAAACUCAAACUUUAUCGCCCGCAGCGGAUUGAGAAUUGAAUCUACACAUAGCCAUUAACGUGUGUACUCAGAACUCGCCAAGCCGGAAGCUGAUGGCUACGUACUGGAAAGUUCGUUUUAGUUUUUCUAUAUUUUAUCUCUUUUUGAAACCGAAAGUUUUCUUAACCGUUAAGCCAGACGCAGGCAUCUGAGUCUUGAUGAUGAUGGAAAUAAAUGAUCUCGUCGUAACGUUCCGAACUUACAGAAACUCACAAAUGUUGUUCAAAAUUUCCCACAAUAACGAAUGAAGCAAAUCAAAGCAUGGAUGUUAUUGACUGAAUCCCACACAGCGAAAGUAGCCUGCAAAUUUCAUCAUUCAGUAGUUCUGAGCUGUUUUUAUCUUAGAAUCACACACUCACCGAGAGUCUAGUGUCUAAAAACCAUGCGCCAUCAUUAUGUGCAAAGUUCAUCGUGUAGUAUUAGUAAGGAACAUGCUUUUCGUCGUAUCCUAAAAUGCAAGAUAUUGAUGAGCAAAAUUGUUAAGUUGAUACAACUGAAGUGAUGUGUGAAAUAUUAUGCAUAAGUAUCUAUAGAGAAUUGAACGUGUUAUUUAGUAUCGAGAAAGUAUGAAAAGGCAAGAAAAAAAUAUCCCAAUGCUUGUUUUGGUCGUCAGGAAGUUUAACAAACAAAAAACAGAAGGUACUUGUACUUGAAUUUAGUGUAGAAUAAUGAAUAAAUGAAAAUCUUACGGUCGUAAA